AUGUUGAUGAAAUUAAUAGGAACACUAAUAGAAUUUGUUUGUAUUCCGUGUAUGUCAAUCACUGGAAUAUCACAAGAGAUUGAAAAUUUGAAGCUAACACUUAAUCAGAUAAAUACAUACCUUGUAGAAGAAAAUGAUCAAUUAAAGUGUUCUGAUUUACUAAAUCUAAAAAAAGACUUGGAAGAAUUGAUUGAAUUGAAGGAAAAUGAACUUUUGAAUUGUAGAAAAGCACAACUUUUAGCUGAAAUUGGAUCUAUACUUGCUGAUAAUCAAGAGAACGAUGAUGAAAUACAAGGAACGUCACUUCAAACAGAUGUAUCAACAAUUAAUGAACAAUCUUUAGUCGGACAACGUUGUAGUGUUCCUGGAUGGACUUCGGCUGGAAAAUUUAUUCGACAAAAUGCGCUAAUCCUUUCAGUUGUAGACCAUGAUGGAAACAGCCCAGAUCGAGUACGAGUACUAUUGGCUCAUCCAACACGUCUUAGUGAAAUGCCUUGUGAAAGAUUUUUCGAGACUGGGACCUGUCAUCGGGGUAUACGUUGUACUCGCUCUCAUGGAAAGAUUUUCAACAUCGAAGAUAUUGGAGAAUGGUAUGAACCAGACACAGAAAAAUAUCUACAUGAAGGUCAACCAUGUCUAGCUAAUGACCGUAAAAGUGAUCACAAUUCUUUAUGGCAUUAUGCAAGGCUUCUUCAAACGGAUUUCGAAUCAGGCACUUGUGUUGUUGAAUGGGGUCAUGUUAAAAACCAACCUGAUAAGAAUUCAGUGAAGCGUCAAUCGUACGGAAACUUAGAGGAUAAAAAAAUGAUGAUGAUGAUGAUGAUGAUGAUUGACACUGAUGUAUCUGUAGAUAGUGAUAUUUCAUCAUCAACUACUAAUUCUGUGGAUUGCAGUGAUUAUUUGGAUUCUACUACUUCGUAUACUCGGCCUUCCAUCGAACUGAUCAAUAGUGGACAGACGACUGAAUCGAAAUCAUGUUCGCAGUAUGAUAAACGUCGUUUACGGGUUCAAUUUGUCUUCGGUAAUACACUUUUACCGGACCAACCACCAAAUUUAGACACCGAUAAGGAAUAUCCCAAUGUUAAUAAAGAAGAAAAACAGAGUUCCAUUGGUGAUUGGGAGGCACAUACUCGAGGGAUAGGCUCUCGUUUAUUAGCAAGUAUGGGUUAUCCAGGUUACGGUGGACUUGGUCGCUGUCACCAAGGUCGUCAAUCUCCUGUAUGUACUAACCUUGAAAAGUAUCAAGUGCAUAAUGUAAAGUGGAAUCAUCGACCCUCACUAGACAAUGUUGUGUUAUCCCAAAAACGUAUGAAAAGCAUUGCAUGCCGUGAUAAAACAAUAGAAAAGUCAAGUAAAACACCAAAAAAUCAUGUUUCUUCUCAUAGUGGAAGUGUUUUUAAGUUAAUUAAUAUGGCAUUAUUAUCGACAUCCAGUAACAAUGACCAAAAUCCAACACGCCCUAAUAAUAAUAACAAUGAUAAUACAAAGAAUACCGUAACAUCACAAAUUUCUCUUACAAAUUGUAAUGAAAGUAUUCUAAAACGUAAGCUACUCCAUACACAUGAACAAAUCAAUCGAUUACAUAAACAAAUUUCUAAAGCUCAAGAUUCAGUGAGUAGAAAUGAAGGACGAGAUCGUUUAGCAGUUAAACAAGCACAACAACGAAUUAAUGAUUUACAAUCACAAUUGAUACAAUUAAAAGAGAAUGAACGAACUAUUGUAAAUAUGCAAAAUAAACAAAUGAAAGAGAAAAAGCUACGUAUUUUCUAA